GAGACUUCAAGGAGAAUGUGGGGGAUAUAAAUCUAAUCACAAAUCAGGUAACAGCACGUAGAUGUUAACCAGAAAAAAAAAACUAAACAGUAACAGAAGAUUCAGGUACCGUAUUGACAAUAAAGUGCGGCAGAGCAUAAAAUGACGUGUCAAUCCCCAGAGGGAGGCAAUUUAAAUCUUUUUUAUUUUUCUUGCUUUUAAUUAUUUUAACCGUUUGUUUUUUUAACCAUCUUGUUAAAACGUAAAAGAUGUUUGCAGAAUUACGUAGAAUGAAUGUGCGACAGGUCGCCUUACAAUUUUUGAACAUCUUGACGAUUGCCGCAUCUGCUCUCAUGAUUUGGAAAGGCAUUGCUGUUGUCACUAACACGGAAAGUCCUAUUGUUGUUGUCCUCAGUGGAAGUAUGGAGCCAGCUUUUCAACGUGGCGACUUGUUAUUUUUAACUUUACCUAAAAAUGAUCCUGUGGAAAUUAAUGAUAUUUGUGUAUUCAAGUUACCGGGAAGACCUAUUCCCAUUGUCCAUAGAGUUGUCAAGAUUCACGAAGACGCCAAUACAAAGAAGGAGUACAUUUUAACAAAGGGUGACAAUAAUUCCAGAGACGAUCGCGUGUUAUAUGAUAAGAGACAGAUGUGGAUCCAUCGAGAGAAUGUAGUUGGCAAAGUUAAAGGAUUUAUGCCUUAUGUUGGCAUGGUUACCAUUUUAAUGAAUGAUUAUCCUUGGAUGAAAUUUGCAUUAUUAGGCGUCCUUGGAUUAUUCGUACUUAUUCAUAGAGAAUAAAGAAAAUAAUAUAUAAUAUAUACAUUUAUAUAUAAAUAUAGUUUAUUAUUAAA